AUGUCAACUCUCGAGUUUCUCGAUGAGCAAGGCUCAGUGAAGAGCUUUGGCUUGGUCCCAUGGACUACACUUCAUCGCUGGCUUUCUGCAAUCAACGGGCAUCCCACGCCAGGAAGCGCCUUGCCCCGAGGAGUGAAUCGAGGCAAGAUCAUUGAAGAAUUGGAAGCUCGGCGGAAGCGCCAGGAUGCACUUGUCGACAGUGCAUUGAGGAUGUUUCAUAUGGAUCGAGGAUUUGGAAAAGACUGGAGAGAGCACGAGAAUGCGGAGGGCUACACCCACUUGGAAGAGUUGCUCAUCUACCAGCCCAAGGAGUGGCGCAAGCAGGCGCGAGAGUAUCUGUUUCGCUUCCGUUGUGAUUUGUCCCGUGAGAGCCCCAGCGACGAAGCUCGGACACUAGUGGCACUUGUGAACAAGAAGAAGCAGCCCAUAGCCAUGAAAACACCAAUUUUGGUGGUGCUCUUCCAUCCCGAAAUCAGCCGCACCGCUCGCUACGAACCCCUUAACUUCCUACUCGCCUACGGAGUGAAGGACCCGCUGCCAGCUCUGUUCCGCCACAUGCCAGAGGCUGACCGGAAGGCCUUGAUGGAUGAUCUUUCCCCCCUCGAUUACUUUCUCGAGUUCCAAAACUACGUCGGUGCCUACAAACUGGACAUCCUGAGAAAGGUCGGAAAAGAAGCGUCGCUGCCACGUCUCUGCCUGAUCAAAGAACUGGACUUUUCAGAUAUUAUUGGGCAGCGAUUGGCCAAGCAAUUCAUUCGUCAAUCUGUGGUGAGCCAUGUGUCGAACAUGACCCCUGCCAACAAGGGACGAGGCAUGUGCGUCAACCGACACCCUCUCAGCAUGAUCUUUGCGGGCCCAUCCGGCAAUGGGAAAACGGAACUCGCUCGAUGGCUUGCCAAGCUCAUGAACAAGCCGAGCGACGACUUCUUCAUCAAAGUAGAUUGUGGCAAACUGACCGAUGCAAGUGAGGUCUUUGGCAGGUCUGGCGCCUAUCAAGGAGCCCAGCAAGGAUCCGCCCUCAACAAUUUCGUAUUGAAAAUGUCAUUGGAACCGCAAGCAGUGGGCAUUGUGCUCCUGGACGAAAUCGAAAAGGCAAGCCAGGGGGUCAUACAUGCUUUGUACCAAGUUAUUGAUAAGGGCGAAUGGACGAACAAACGUCUCGGUUCCCACGGUGCCCAGACGGAUGUGAUUCCCUGUCAAAAUUUGAUCUUCAUCAUGACAACCAACGCUUGUGAUAUCGACAUUACCGAGUUUGUCAAGCAGAACCCAGACAUUUACAAUGCCGUGGGGGAUGAACUCAAUCAGCUCGCGUCGGAUCUGUCACUCCGCAUUCGCAAUACUCUUCAGUUUAUGUAUCCAUUUACAGAGGCCUUCUUGGGUCGCAUUGGACGGAUCGUUCCGUUUCUCCCAAUGGCCAACGGCAACCCAGAUUUGCAAGGCAUCAUGCAUGGCGAGUCCUUGACCGUGGCCAAGCUGCUGAUUGAACGCCAGCAAGAAAAAUUUGCCGAUUCCACCUUUGCCGAUAUCCAACAGCUGGUGUCACCCGGUACCAAGCACCAGAUUGCAAAGAUUGUGGUCAACGAAGCAAUUGCGGAAGCCGGUGUCCGGGGGAUCCAAUCCCUAGUGGAACAAAAGAUGGGAGAUCGAGUGUUGGACGCUGUGCUCUUGGAACGCGGCGGAAUCGAGGAUGGAUCUCAUGUUCGUUACUAUACGAGGGAAGAAGCUCAAGAGAUCGAUUUCCGGGUGGAAGACUUGACCGAAAUGGAGGAGGAUGACAUUGCGGAAGAAGAAAACUUUAACAUGUUGGACGACGCCGACUUGUUCGGGUAG